AUUCUAUGUAAAAGAUUGUCGUCUCUUUUGGCGGCACAAUACGUCGUCGUGUCAGAAACCACACUCCCCCUACUGAGUGCGCUAUCCCAUCUUUCCCAUCCGAUAAAUCCCAAAAUCCCGUGCUGAGAUUUUUAGGGUUAGGGUUUGCACAUUGGAAGAAAAAAACCCAGAGCCAAAACACAAACCAUAACAGCCGUCCACCCUCAUCACCUGCACUUUACAUGGCAUCGACGGCGAACGGCGGUGGAGGCAGUUCGGUCCCGAAGCGGAAGCCGGUGUUCGUGAAGGUGGAUCACUUGAAGCCAGGGACUAACGGCCACACCCUCACCGUUAAAGUAGUCAGUGCCAACGCCGUUUCACAACAGAAGAAGAGCCGUAACAACUCUCAGCUACUUGGAAAGGGCGGUGGUGGUCAAGCUCGCAUCGCCGAGUGCCUCGUCGGGGACGAGACCGGCACCAUUCUCUUCACCGCCCGUAACGAACAAGUUGACCUUAUGAAACCAGGCACCACUGUUAUUCUUCGUAACGCAAAGAUUGACAUGUUUAAAGGGUCUAUGAGGCUUGCUGUUGACAAAUGGGGCCGCGUUGAGGUCACUGAGCCAGAAAAGUUCGUAGUUAAAGAGGAUAACAACCUGUCUCUUGUCGAGUAUGAAUUGGUCAGUGUCGUCGAAGAAUGAUUGGAAUUUCUUGGAAGUCGAAGUUUUUGGUAUCCAAGUAUUUAUGAACUUUGGCAAGCUAAUGAUUUGUUUUACUGCGGGUACAUUUUUUGUUACUGGUAUAUGGUUUAGUAUACAAAUGCGCUAGAUCGAGCAUGAUCUUAACAUGUAGUAGGAAGCCAAUGUCAGUUCUCUGGUUGGUAUGCAAAAAGAAUUGUGCUUGAUGUCGGUGAACUUUGAUGUGCUAGGCAUGCUUAUAAUAUAUGUUUAAGCUUGCAGUUCCAA